AAUAUAUAUAUAACUUUGGUAAAAGCUCUCAUUUGUUUUACACAAGUGUAUCUGAUAUGAGUUUUAUGUAAUAAAUAAAUAAAGCAACAGAAACAAAAAAGUCUUGGUUGCUUGCUUUGCUGUAAAAUGUAUGAAAAGAAGAAUUGAGCCGCAAAUCGAAAUCUAGACAUAUUAAAAUAGAAAUUCUGAGAAUGACCCCUUUCAUUUUCGUCAUCCCAUAAAUCUUGUCGACCCCCGGACGGAUUUCUUUCUUUCAUUCUUGACUCCUCCGAGUCCAAAGGGAUAUGAAAUUAGAGUGUUAGGUUUAUGCAGCAACCGCAACCGAAGAUGAAGAAGAAAGUAGUUACCAAUCGAAGCCGUUUAACAAUUGGGAUUUUGCUUGCAUUCUUCAUCCUCACCAAUUUCUGGAUGCUUUCCCGGAUCCAAGAUUCGCCUCCUCCUCCUCCUUCUUCUUCUUCUCUUAAAUUGCGUUUCCUCAAAUCAAAUUCCUCCACACUCUCACUUCCGUCUCAGGACCAACUGAGAAAGAUUGCAAAAGGGAAGAAGCCGCAUAAAACUGCUUAUGCAAGGCUCUUAUAUAAAGCUGCUCAUGCCUUGGCUGAAAAUCAGUACAAAUCUACAGAGCCCAAAGAUUUGUGGCUGGAACCCUAUCAUGCUGUUGCAUCAUUGUGGCAACCUUGUGCUGAUCAGCGUGUUUGGAAACCUAGUGAGGGAAACAAUGGUUACAUUUUGGUUACUGCAAAUGGUGGUAUAAACCAACAGAGAGUAGCUGUCUGCAACAUAGUUGCAGUUGCAAGACUACUUAAUGCAACUCUUGUUAUUCCCACCUUUAUGUUCAGUAGCGUGUGGAGAGAUACUAGUCAAUUUGCAGAUAUAUAUCAAGAGGACUUUUUUAUUGAUUACCUGAAACCCGAUAUCCGUAUAGUGAAGGAAUUGCCAAAGGAGUUACAGUCACUGGAUCUUGAAGCUAUUGGUAGUGUGGUGACGGAUGUUGAUAUUGCAAAAGAGACAAGACCCAGUUUUUACUUGAAACAUAUUCUUCCACUUUUAAUGAAGAAUAGAGUUGUUCAUUUUGUUGGGUUUGGGAAUCGUUUGGCAUCUGAUCCAAUACCAUAUCACUUGCAGAGACUCCGAUGCAGAUGUAAUUUUCACGCCCUGCAAUUUACUCCAAAAAUACAAGCAACAGCUGCCUUGUUGAUUCAGAGGAUGCGUCAGAAUGCAACGCAUUCAGGAAUAUUGGAUGAAAACCUGGUUGGACCGUUUGCAAAGUCAAAGGGAAAAAUCAAAAAAGAUUUCCGAUACUUGGCUUUACACUUGAGGUUUGAAAUCGACAUGGUAGCUCAUUCUUUAUGUGAUUUUGGUGGCGGUGAAGAAGAAAAGAAGGAGCUGCAAGCAUAUCGUGAAAUUCAUUUUCCUGGAUUAGUGGAGCUAAAUAACAGCACUAAGGUACCCCAACCAGAGAGACUGAAGGCAGAAGGUCUGUGUCCCUUAAUGCCUGAGGAAACCGUGCUUAUGCUUGCUGGCCUUGGUUUCAAGCGUGAGACACGAAUGUAUUUGGCAGGUGCACAUAUUUAUGGUGGAAAAUCAAGGCUGGAUGCUUUAACGACACUGUUUCCUAAUAUGGUCACUAAAGAGGACCUGUUGUCGCCAUCUGAAAUUGAACCUUUCUUGAACUUCUCAUCUCAGCUAGCAGCACUAGACUUGAUAACAUGUACAGCAUCGGAUGUUUUUGCCAUGACCGACUCAGGGAGUCAGUUAUCGUCUUUAGUAUCAGGUUACAGAGUAUACUAUGGUGGAGGGAAGAUGCCGACGAUCCGACCAAAUAAACGCAGACUGGCAGACAUUUUCAUGAAAAACGACACGAUCGAAUGGAAAGUUUUUGAAACCCGAAUCCGGAAAGCAGUGAGACAAAACAAACGGGUGUUUUCACGACCCGUAGGAAGGAGUGUAUAUAGAUACCCUCGUUGCAGUGAAUGUAUGUGCAAUACACAAGAAGCUAUUCGUCCUCCUCCUCGAUAAUUUGGUAAUUGUUAUUUCUCUAAUUCAUUUAUUGUUACAUUAGUGUUGUAUGUUAUAUGAUGAGAUCAGAUAGGUUUCAAUGUAAAAGUAAUAGCUAAGGUGUUAUUUUUUUUUAUAAAAGUAAUUUAAUUUUAAACUUGGCGUUGUUCA